AUGAUUAGACAGGACUUCCAGAGGGUCGACCCGAAGCGACGGUCGAAUCUCGACCAUAAAAAGACCCAGUUCGCCGUCCCGAUAUUCAAGCAGCAGGACUAUCCCCACCGUUUGAACUUCUACGAGAUCCCACCGACUGCAGAGAUUACGCUGGAACAGUUUGAACAAUGGGCUAUUGAUAGAUUAAAAGGUAUGCGAUUCCACAUCCUCGGAUUCAAUGUGUCUCUAUGGAAACUUGGAAGCUCAGCGUAUGAAAUAGUUCUGGCUGAAAUUGAGGCCUGCUCUUAUCGAAACAAGUCGCCCGCCGAAACUGCGCAGCACAUCACACCUCUACUUCAGAAAUACCUCCCCCUUUCCUCGAACACUUCCUCUACUCUCGGAGCUGCCGACCCGCGACUGAAAAAUGAGCGUCAGAAAGAUCACUAUUCGCAUUUUAUCCUUCGAUUGGCAUUCUCUGCCACGGAGGAACUCCGCCGGCGAUUCGCACGGGCAGAAACGAUGCUCUUCAGAUUUCGGUUCCAACAAGAUGACACAAAAGAGAAGCGUGCUUUUAUAGAAAGUCUUAGUCUCGAUUGGGAUCCUGUUAGCGAUGAUGAAAGGGAUGCCCUUUCGGAACACCUCAUAGGCGCGACACCGGGUUUGCGCCACGUUAAUGAAGAAGCGUGGUACAAGGUGGAUUGGGAGAGGGUCCCAGAGUUGGUCGAAAAGCGUUCGGUGUUUAUGUCGAAAGGAAAGGCAUACGUUCCCGGCAAAGAACAAUUGAGUAUGAUCAUUGCGGAGUUUACCGCUCGACUGGAGCGUGCGCUUGAGCUUACGAGUCGAGCCUUGCCGCGCUUAGACGAGGAUGAUCGACUUACGCCUAUCCUUGAUCAUCUGUCGAAGAAUUUCGGAAGCGCAGAAUCAACGUACUCCGAAGGGGAAGGCUUCGUCGACGGUGCUCCAAUCACGGCCGGUAAUGUCGACAAAUUAUCCCAGCAUUUCCCGCUCUGUAUGCGCAGUUUGCACAUGUCGCUGCGCAAGAACAAUCACCUCAAGCAUUAUGGCCGUCUUCAGUACACCCUGUUCCUCAAGGGUAUUGGAUUAUCGCUGGAGGAGUGCAUUCUCUUCUGGCGCCAAUCCUUCAAGGGCUUUACGGACGACGAGUUUAACUCUCGAUACAAGUACAACGUCCGCCACGCUUAUGGAGAUGUCGGCGGCGACGUCAACCGCAGGGGGCGAGGAUACCCUCCCUAUUCGUGCCAAAAGAUCCUCAGCGAUUCCAACCCCGGUGCUGGCCAGACUCAUGGCUGUCCGUACCGACAUUUCUCUGUCGACAACCUUAUUGGGCUUCUUCAGUCGACAGGUGUCCAUGACAAAGAUCUGCUCCGGGGUGUACGAGAAGACGUCGAAAAGACUCGGUACCAUAUUGCUUGUAACCGAGUCUUUGAGUGGGCUCAUAAAUCGGACAUCAAGAGAGUCAAAGAGGACGGAUCAUGGAGUCAGACGGACUUGGACACUAUUGUCCACCCCAAUACUUACUUCAAGCGGAGCUACCUCCUUAAACAGGCAGGCAAAGCUCCCAAGAAUGCUUAA